AUGUCUGAGCCACCCUCCUUUUCCCAAUUCCAGACUCUUCCUCCACCUCCACCUGCGCCGCCGCUGCCUCCCCCGCGUCUCGGCCCUCUACAACGCUUCAUCGCGCCUCUCGGCCUAUCCAAAGGCUCGCGGCCUGUCACCAAUCGAGCCAGUAGCAGCACUGGAAACGCAGCUCGACCGGCCGCUCGUCGCUCCUCCGGUUCUCUUACCUCCACGUCCAGCGUCCAACAUCGCACCGGGAUCCCCAUUGCUGCGAUCGACAUCAACAGAACCAAGACCCAUGCUAUUUUAGCCGGAAGAGACAUUCUCAAGACCGUUCGCGUGCAUGAAGGAAAGGCCACCGAGGAUUUCAACCUCCGAUCAUCCAUUGUAUCAUACGCGUCCACUCAUGGCUCUCCCCAAGGCGAUGCUGCCACGCGCAGAAGAGAAUAUCUGCCCGCAAGAGACGUCAAGUGGUCCACUGGGGAGCUCUACCCGCAUAUCGUGGCCACUGCCGCAAUCAACGGGCGUAUCUCGCUGUACGAUGUAAAUGCUGCAGGUUCGAGAAUCGAACUGGCCUGGCUCCACGAGCACACCGGACAGGUCAACAAGAUAGAUAUUGAUCCAUUCGCUGGGCGCUAUCUACUGUCAGCCAGUCAGGACAAGUCAGUCAAGCUAUGGGAUAUCCGUGAUCCCAAGGCUACCAAAUCUAAGUCGAAAUUCGAUGUCCGUACCGCCGUCCGUCACGUCUGUUGGUCGCCUACGGAUGGCAACGAUUUCGAUUUCGCCGUUUGCGCAGACGGAGGCAUGAUUCAAAACUGGGAUGCCCGAAACCCUCUGGGACCCAAGGUCAGCAUACACGCUCACGAACGCGGUUGCUAUUCUUUAGAUUGGCAUCCUGAUGGUCGUCAUGUCGUCAGCGGAGGCUUCGACAAGUACGUUCGAGUCUGGGACUUCAAGAGUGAUUCUCGCCGCCAGAAGCCCGUCUAUCAGUUUCGGGUGCCGCAGGCCGUGCGAAGUGUCAGCUGGCGACCUAUCAGUGAAAACGAGCAUCAUGUGUGGCGCACCUCCCAGAUAGCAACCACCUACCACGAAAGUGACCCUCGCAUCCAUGUCUGGGACUUGAAGCGCCCCUCUCUGCCAUACGUGGAGCUCGCGGAUCUCAAUCAGCCUGCUAAUGAUUUCCUUUGGGCAUCUAACAACCAUAUUUGGACGGCUGCUGAUGAUGGCGUCUUCAAUCAAUACGACGCAUCUGCAUUGCCACGUACGGACGAGACGUUACCACCGUCGGCCAUUUCCUGGCUGCCGGGUGGGCAGAAUGCCAUGUUUCUGGAGGAACGCAUCCCUCGCAACAACAUACACUUUGAUCCUUCGGCGUUUCUAAGUAUUCCCAAGGACAAGCUUAGUAGUGGGGAUGAGAGCGUCAAAUUCAAAGAUGCGGUGGUGGACGAGUUCGACUGGCCAUCGAUAAACACGUCAUCUCGCUCAAGACAGGUUCGAGAUCUAUCUCAGAGAUCCGAUGUUUCGCGCGCGAGCUCACCAUCGGAAAAGCGGCAUAUCCAGCAGCUUGACAAAACAGUCAAUGCUGGAUAUUUGCUAUUGCAGAACGAUCAACUCGGAGCGAUUGGGUCUGUCCCUAGCGCACCAGAAGACAUGGAGGUUGCGAGUUUUCUUGCCAACAAUUAUGCUCCAAUUGCGUCUGAAAGCCAACGACGGAAGGAGCCUGAGCUGGUUCUUUCGAGGCUGGAGACAAGCUUCAUGAAGAAUGCUGAUGUUUGUGACGAAGUAGCACUGCAUCGGUUGGCACAAUCUUGGCGCAUGAUCGCAGCCGUUGUCAUUCCAGAACUACAAGACUGGGUCGCCAACAAUCGAGCGGCUCGCACGUACGAAGCCGAACAGCGCAAGACACGCCGCAAAGCCGAAAGUCCAUCUUCCAAAAUUGAUGCAAGUCCUACAUUCAGCAAGAUGUCGGCACGUGACAGGUCGUCCAGACUCGAUUCUAAGGAUAGUAAGCUCAUGAGCAAUCUCUUUCGAGGCCUCAAGGACUUAGGGAAAUCAUCCGAACAAGACAGCUCUUCCAAUAUGACAACGCCAAUGGCUCGGCCACUACCUGAUUCGCCGAAGAGUACAACUCAGGAUAAGCGUGCCGUGGGCUCGCCUACUCCGUUGAGCGUCAUUGAAGAUAUCCCACCGCUGCCAGAAUCCUUGCUAAAUUCUCAUGCUACUGCAGCAGCUGCUGCUUAUGCGCUGAACGAUGAUGAAGCCGCACCACCAAGUUCUCUCACAUCGCCGCGACGAAAAAAACAUGACCAGCUCCAGCCCACAGCGUCCCAUGGUAAAAGCUCCCUGUUAUCAAGCAGUCAAGCUCUGGAUCCAUCAGAACCUGUUCCGCGCGCCUCUCCUUUCCUGCAGGCGCAAAGGCAAGAAGAGCGACGCGCUGCACUCCGUGACUAUCGGGCCCAGGCACGGCCAAUCUUUUCACUUGAAACGCAAGCUAAGGAUCCCGAUUAUAGCCAUGUCUCCAAACACGAUUCUGCUGAAAGCUUCCCUAUGUUCUCAGCAUCGACGGGUAGCUCUCACAAGGCAAGGUCCAUGGGUCUCUCUGCUAGCUCCCAGGAGCCAAACACGAGUAGACCUCAGCGACAGGAUAGCUGGUUGUCCAGAGAAGACAGCACUGAAUCUUCAUCAGCAUCCGCGUGGACGUCCGGGAGGGCCGGCCGAGACAGCUAUGCUGAGCAGAGCGUGAGCAUGCGCGAGUUUUCCUUUGGGGCGGAUGCGCCACCUUUCAAUAUGGACGACACCCCUGAACUCGAGAAAGAGGACGACUUCCCAUCAGAUGCAGCCGAUGUACAAGCACCCACAAGGGUGACAUCACAAGAUCCUGCUGUUUCGUCGUCUCCCGAGGUGUUCGAAUUUGACCAUGGCUCGUCACCAGCAAAGCCACGAAUACAUGCUCUGAACCCCAUCAUGAAACGAGCAACCGAUAAGGACAAAGUAGCCGCGAGAGCGGUUUCGGUCUCGGUCAGGGAGCUGGAGGAUGCCGAGAUAGGGAAGGAGCAAAUUAUCUUUCAAGACCUAAGGCCCAUCGACAUGUCCACGUAUCAGCCAAAGCUACCUUUCGCGUGGUCUUCGCUCCCUCUGCUCUGUCAUUUGAUUGCUUACGACAUUGAUAGUGGUGUGGCCUGUGCACAGUUUUCGGCUCAUCUCUUGUUGCAUCUGAUGCCUUAUUUCUUCACGGUGACAUCGGGUUACGCGUCGACGUUGAAGCAAGCGCCGGAGAGUUUGGCCGAGCGUCUAAUGCGGCCUGAGCUGGCGGAGAGGAUAAUUGAGAGUACUCUGCGCAAGCAUUUGUCCUUUCUCCACCAGCUUCAUCUUUUCGUACCUUUAGUGGCCUUGCGGAAGAGUUGCGUUGAUCUGGGGCUGGAACGGGUGUCACCUUCCGGUGCUCAACAAACGACUGAACGCAGUGUCUCAAGCAACGAUCCAUUCGUCUUGGCAACAGCAUGCAGCAGAUGCGGAAGUGCCAUGGCUGCUGGACAGAAUGUCUGCGGCAGCUGUGCCCAAUCACGCGCAACAUGUGCUGUCUGUUUUGGUCUGCGUCCAAACAAGACCAGCGACACGGCUGCGUGGGUUGUUUGUCAGUCUUGCGGGCACGCCACGCACUUUGUAUGUAUGCAGCGGUGGCAGUCGCAGGCAGGUGCUGAUGGGAACUGCCCGUCCGAGGGCUGCGGCUGUGACUGUACCCCGGGCAGAUUGCGAAAGGCGCGUAUUGAGAGGCAAGCAAAGGCCUACGACGAGAAGAAGCUCAUCCGUGGGGCCGGUACGACUUCAGCGAAACGCGACUCUGUGCGAGCUUCGCAUUCACCGGCUGUCGAUCGGACGAGGGCCGUCAUGAGAGCUGCCAGCGGAGAGCGCGCGGCGCAGAGCGGUGACGAGCGAGGCGGGCGAAGAGCCAGUGGCCGGUCGAGUAUGGGCAACAUUGUGAGCUCUUCACGCAAGAGCGUUCGCCUUGUCACUCCGGGCGAAGAGAGAAAUCCCGCCGCCUGA